UACAGAUGUUGUAAUAGUAUUUACGUUUAUCCUAUUAAAUGCUGUGUACAUUCCAUAAUGAAAGAAAAUGCUGAAAGUUUAUUUGAAAAGUUUUUAAAAGCAUCAACAUGUAAAGAAACUCUUCAAACAUUCCAUUUGUUAUGUGCUGAGGUUAAAGUUCAAUACCCACCACCUCGUAAUGCUGCUUAUGACCACAUCACAUUUUACACAAGAUUGAAACAAAUUUUGGGGUCUCAUUGGAAAGCGCAAUCAUUGUUCACCAAACUUGAUAAAAAGUUCAACGAUGAUGUUAAUUUUGAAAUACGCAAAAGUUCUCGUGAAAGAGAUCGGGCAGCCAGAAAUUUCAAUGUUCUCAUUGUGGGAGCAGGUCCGUGUGGUCUUAGAACUGCUAUAUUCACAACACUGCUUGGUGCAAAAACAAUAGUCAUUGAGAAAAGAGACUCGUUUUCAAGAAACAAUGUUUUACAUUUGUGGCCUUUUACCAUUGAAGACCUGAAGGCUCUUGGCGCGAAAAAAUUUAAUGGUCGUUUUUGCUCUGGUGCAAUAGACCAUGUAUCAAUUCGUCAGUUACAGCUUAUUCUCAUGAAAGCUGCUUUGAUUUUUGGUGUUGAAAUUCAUGUAAAUACAAGUUUCUGUGAUGUCAUAGCGCCAAAUAUAGAAGGUUCAACCACAUGGAAAGCCAAAAUUGAGCCAAGUUCAAGUUCAGUUUCAGACUUUGAUUUUCAUAUGGUUGUUGGAGCAGAUGGACGCAAGAAUACGCUCAAAGGUUUUACAAAAAAGGAGUUCCGAGGAUCUUUAGCUAUUGGAAUCACUGUAAAUUUUAUCAAUAAAAAGACAAGUGAAGAAGCGAGAGUUUCUGAAAUAAGCGGAAUAAAUUUCAUUUACAGACAAGAAUUCUUUCGGGAAUUGAAUAGAUUGCAUAAUAUUGAUCUUGAAAAUAUUGUCUAUUACAAGGAUGAUACUCAUUACUUUGUCAUGACGGCUCGUAAAAAGAGCUUACUCGAAAGAGGAGUAUUUAGAGAAUGCCUGGAUGAGGCUUAUCAUCUUGUACAUAGCAAUAACAUUGAUCAAAGUGCUUUGUUACAAUAUGCAUUAGAUGCUGUAAAUUUUUCCACCGAGAACAAAUUGCCUGAUUUAGAAGUUGCCAUAAAUCAUUAUAGCCUCCCUGAUAUCGCACUUUUUGAUUUUACACGCAUGAAAUCAUCUGUAAAUGCUUCUAUGUUCAGAGAAGUCAACGGAGCAAAACUUUUACAAGCCUUAGUGGGGGAUGGUUUGAUGGAACCAUUUUGGCCAAAAGGUACUGGUAUUGCCAAAGGUUUUUUGGCAGCUUUUGAUACAGCAUGGAUGUUACGACAGUGGGCUUUAGCGAAAAACCAACAAUCUGAUAACUCAUUCGAAUUGUCGUUACUUGCGGAAAGAGAAGGACUGUAUCGUGUUCUCGCACAAAUAGAAAGCAACCAACUUGUUCAAAAGUAUUCACUAUUUUCCAUUGAUCCAAGAACAAGAUACCAGUUUGUACCCAGAAAAGUUCCUGUUGGGAAAAUAAAAGCAUUUUAUUUGUCUGGCGACAAAGGUGCAGAACCCCUAAUUGACACAGAUACCGUUGAUUCUGCUAUAGUCCCCCGAGGACUCACUCGAAAUGUAUCAUUCGUAAAAUCUAAUAAACUACAGCAAUGGUGUGAAAGGGUGCUUCGUGAAUCUGGCUCAUCGUUGACUGUGACCAAUAUGAGUUCUUCAUGGAGAGAUGGUCAUGUUCUCUGUUCGAUCAUUAAUUACUAUAGACCUGAUGUUCUUGAUCUAGCUGAUUUGCGAGAAGAAGAUGCAGAAUUUAAUAAUCAACUGGCUUUUGAUAUUGCUGAAGAACACCUUGGUAUCACUCCUAUCAUGUCUGGAAAAGAGAUCGCUGAAUGUGAAGUUGUUGAUGAUCUUUUGAUGGUUACUUAUAUAUCACAGUUCUAUGAAAUUUUGAAGAGUGAAGUACCGGUGAAACCUGUUAAGAGGGUUUCAGAUAUAAUAGCAACACCACCGGAGGAAAGUUUGCCUCCCAAAAUGAAAAAGAAGUCACCUCUUGGUCUUCUUGUUAGAUUUUCACACCAGAUUAAAAGAAAGUCAGCGCACCGUGGAUCUUCAAAAGAAUAUGAAGUGGACAAAAAAGACAAAGAGAAAUCAAAAAAGAGAAAGAAAAUGGAUAAAGAUGCAAGUGUGGCUAAUUCUGAUUCACAAGUGGUUUUGACUAAGGCUACAUUGCCAACUAUUGUAGAUGAAGACAAAGAAAAUACUGUAGUUAGGAGAGACAAGUCGAAAGAUUCACCAACACCCGGUGUCCGUAAAAACACAUCAAACCGAAUCAGUGCGCUUGGUGCUCAAUUGAUAUCACAGUUGGAACAAAAUUCUGAUGUCCCUCCUCAAAGAACUACCACUAGCACACAAAAAGUAUUAAAAAGCCAAUCAAGCAGUGUUUGUUACUUUUGUGGAAAAACUGUUUAUAUCGUAGAGAGAUUGAGCGUAGAAGGAUUAUUUUUUCACAGAGAAUGCUUCAAGUGCUCUCACUGCCAAACACCUUUACGUUCCAUGAAUUAUAAACGGGAUCCUGAUAGUGGGAAGUUUUAUUGUAGUGUCCAUUACUUUGAGAAUGCGGAAUAUCUCAAAACAGGACAGCAAUCUACAUCUGAGGAAGCCGCAGCAUCACACCAAUCUAUUAAAUCCCCAGUGAUUCAUGUUGAAGAAAAAGAGGAGAACGACUUACUCGCGAUGGGUGACCUUUCUCCAAAUAGACCUGAUAAUUUGAAUCUAUCUGUUCCCACAAUAGAGAAUGGUCAAGUUAUUAUGCGACGAGAUCUCACUCCAAAGCGAGGAGACAUGGCUAAAAUUGCUCUUACCUUGUCACCAGUUCCGAUUAAGGUGGAAGAAGAGUUCUUAUAUCAACAUAACAUGAGAUGUAGUAUUAAUUCAGAUAACGAAAGUGACAGUUUUUCUUCGGAAUCUGAAGCUGAAGAAUUAGAUGAAAUUGCGAUCGGUUUAAGGGACCACUCACCACAAGAAAUGUUUUCAGAGUAUUAUAACAAGCCCAAAUCUGUGGAUGCAAAUAAAAUUACGGAAGAAACUACUAGAACCACAGACGGAAAUACGCUGUUGUCGUCAGAAAGUGAUGGAGAUGAAGAUAUCAGUUCAUUAUCUAGUACAUCUGCUGAUGAUACGAGAGAAAACAAAAUCAUAAAAGAAGAAGAUGAGAAAGAUAGUGUUUCUUUGUCUAUAUCUUCACCUGACGAAGAUGAAUAUGAUCACACUCAGCAAAUAGAAAAUAACAAGAAAUUGGCGAAACAAAGGACUUUAUCUUCAUUGUCAUCUGACGAAAAUGAAGAAAUUGAAAUUUUGAAAAUUGCUGAAGAAAAACCGAUGAAAACACAAAAUACAAUUUCAUCUUCAUCUAGUGAGGCUGAAGUUGAUCAACCACAUGAAUUAGAAGAUAAUGAAGCACAAGCUAGCGCAUCUGAAAAUCUAGAUAACGCUAGCACAGGUGAAAAAAUGGAUGAAAAUGCAAUGCCUGAAUUUGAAGCUGAUGUGGUGCGAACAAAAUCUCUGUCAACAUCAUCUAGCGACCCCGAAGAGGAGACAGUGGAAUUUCCGAGUAAACAUGCCCAAAAAGAUGAUUCACCAAUGGAAGAUGCAAUGUCAACAUCAUCCUCUGAACCUGAAGAAGUCGAAAUUGAACAAGAUACUUCAUUUGGUACAAAUUUUAGAAAAAGUACAAUUCUACCUGUUGCAACUAGUUCUGCGAAUAACGAUACUAGUGUAUGGGUCUCUAAUCUUGAAACAGGUGAUGUUUCGAACGUCGAGAGAGUAGAAAAAGUUUUCGAGCCCGAAAUUCAGCAAGUAGUUGUAGAAGAUGUGAUCAUGUCGGAUGAUAUAAUGUCUUCUCCGAAACUCGUCGGUAUAGUUGAAACUGAUGGUCCCCGAAAUGAUCUAACAGUUGCUUCAACUCCCAAACAGUCUAGUUUAGAUAAUGAUGUGUUUUUUACUCCAUGUGCUGAUCGCACAGGAAAUGAGAGCUUUUACACUGUAAAAUCUGAUCAGACUUCAAGUCAGAAUAUUUCUUUUGACAUGGACACUAGCGACGCGACACUUGACACCACUGUAACCUCUGACACUGUGGGUGACUCAGUUAUCACAGACUCUCCUUUAUCAACUUCAUCUAGAUCAGGUUCUGGUAGAAAAUUACCGGAAACCCCAAAAGGUACUGUUCGAAGAAUAUUACCAGUUAUUCCAAAAAUUCAACAUUUAGAAGCUUUGUCACCGACCGGUGACGUUUCACCACGGCAGCGAGAACGAAUCGAAAUGAAACUGAAAAAACAUGAAGAUCGUGUGAUGGAAAGAAUUAGAGAAAUGAAGCUUGGUGUAAAUGAAGGAAAGCAUGAUACUUCCUUUUCUAAUGAUACAAAGGUACAUAGAGAAAAGAAGGCAGCUGAGCGAGAUGACUUCGUAAAUCAUGUUCCGAUGCUAUUGCAGAAACGCAAUAAUGAUUUAAUGAAGAAAAAACAUAAGCGUGGAAAACCUGACCACGAACAUAAAAAAGCUUUGUUUGCUUUUGGGCAAAAGAAAAAGGCUAUGAAAGAGAAAAAAGAUAUUCCAGCUCCUAAAAUUAUGAGCCCUACACAUCGUUCUUCACAAAGGCGUAAUUUAUCUUCUUACACACGAGAAGAACUUGAGGAAAGAGUGUCUCAUCGUGUACGCAUCGCUGCACAGCGACAAGCAAAGGAAGCUGAAAGAAAAAGAAUGGCUAGAGCUCUCAUCAUUCAAAGUCAGCUUCAAGAAAUUGAUGAAAGACGUAAACAGUUAGAAGAAAGAGGAGUGAAACUAGAAAAAUUACUCCGCGAUGAGAAAAGCCAAGCUCGUCAGCGAGAGAGUUCACUUCACAUGCAUGAGUGGUUUAAACUUGUGCAAGAAAAAAAUGGGCUUUUGCGUCGAGAGAACGAGGUAAUGAUAUCACAGAGGGAGUUACAACUCGAAGACAAGCAAAGUCGUUUGCAACAGGUUUUGCGAGAAAGAAUGUCUAUCGAUGAUUCAAAGAAAUCGACUGAAGAAUUAGCUAAGGAAAAAGAAAUUCUUUCUGAAAUGAUGGAAAUUGUCGACCAACGUAAUCAAUUAGUAGGUUUAAUGGAUGAACAAAGAGUCCAAGGAGCAGAGGAAAAUGCAGACAUAGAGCAAGUAUUAUUACACAAAUUUUUAGAAACCACUCCCAGCCCAAUAUGACUACAUGAAACCAUUCUUCUUGUAUUAUCAUGCGUUAUCACUUUUCUAAUCCUUGGCUUUAUGUUUACAUUUGUUCAUCAUAUUCACAAUUCUCACUACUCAUAAAUAACAUAUAGUUGGUGAUGUUUGGUAUCGGUUACUGUUGUAUUUCUAAUGAUUUUUAAUGACAUAUCAUGAUUUAAUUUAACAUCUCCCCUUGAUAAUAAUCUUGCAACGAUUUUUCAGAAUUUUCACAGCGUAAAAAGUUUUACAAGCAUUUACCCACAUGGACUGAAAUUCGAAACUGUUUGCGUUCAAAUUUGAUGUUCUCGUAUAAUUUUUCAACAUAGCGGUACCCCAAUCAUUAAUAUAUCUAAAAUCAUUGCCAGGAAAUUCAAAAUUAUAUUUACGGAGGUUGCAAAUUUACACCUACGUUUGAAUCCCAACUAUCUAGCCGGUUAUUAUAUUAUUCAAUUUCCAUUUAAUAACUCAAUUCAUGAUGUAUUCCAAAAAUGAAUCAUGACAGCAUAAUGAAAGUAUUCUAUUUUCAAAAUCAACUAAACAUUGUGACAUCAUAGAUCAUCAUAUGUCAAUUUCAUUCCAGUGCCAUUUGACAAAUUUUCGAGACCAAACAAUUGAAUAAUUCUUCACAUAUAUGUAUAAAAAUAUCUUAAUCUCUUUUUUUUUUCAAAUACUUGUAUAUUCUUGAAUUCUAAUAUGGUAUUCCUCGUUUGAGGGAAACAAGCUAGCUAAAUAUUCAAGUUAAUAGUUAACAUUUUUUUUCGUAUGCACCUGCUGCACUCUUUUUUGCCUUCAUUUUUUUCGAGUAUUUUUUUAGCAUAAUAAACUAAUAAUCCGCAUAAACACUUUAACCCAGCAUGGGAAAACGUAUUUUCAUGUUGCAAUCUGACUAUUGGAGAUCAUAUUUUGAAUCAUUAUUUAUUCUGAAAAUUAAUUGUAGUAAUGUAUACCAUUUACUCCAAUACUGCCCAUCUACCCAACCUCAAUUACAAUAAAAAAUUAUAAAGCAUUUGAAGUCUUAGUUCAAUAAUUAUUUUUUUCAAGUUGGAGAAAAUAUAUUUUUAUGUGGUGUUGUUGAAUAUUAUUUGCCUUUCAUCUUGCCAUUAUUGCCUAAAUCGUAUUUAAAUUAAGAAUAAGACUCAGCCAUAAAGGAUGUAAUUAAUCACAUGAUUAAUUGUAAUUAUGGCCAGCUAAUUAGUAAUGUGUUUCAAAUAUGGUUUAUGGAAUUAGUAAGUGUUAUCAGCAUGGAUUUAUUAAUGUUGAUACAUGAAAUCAAAAAAACACAGUAAUAUUGAUGAUUGAGCGCCUGAUUGUUAUUAUUUCUUUUUUUAUGAAAAAUGCUACAUUUUUAUCCUUGAAUUAUUGUAGUACGAAAUAUUGUGCAUAGUACUGUAUGUUUUAUAAUGCGAAGUUGCCUUUUCAUUUUACACGAGUUAAAAUAAAUUCAUCCUAAGCCCUAUUGAUACAACUGCACUAGGUACGUAGACUUGCUGCCCCCAAAUUCAUUGUGAUUCUUUCAAAAAAUCAUUCCUUACUUAAUGCAUACUUUGACAAAAAAUGCACUAUUGAAUAGUACUAUUUGUAAGUUUUAAUUGUAUUAAUUAUGUUUAAUAUACAAGGGUAUUUCGUAUUUUUAGACUCCGAAAUUUGAUUCUAGGGUAACUUAACAUUCAUUCUAUUUUUUUCCCUUGGCAGGUUCCAAAAGUUAAAUCACCCCCUCAACCUUGCACGUAAACUGUCUUAUUUCGAUGUGACAUGAAUUAACUAUGGAAAAAGAGAGAUUGACUAGACUUCAAUUCGCAAUUUGCUAAGUGGUCAAUUACAUUUGCCAUGUUCAUAAACUUUCUUGCUUCAAAUUAACGUCCGAGAGGUGAAUUUACUCAUGUUAAGAAUCUCUGAUUUAGACGAAUGCAUACAAGUAUUAUGGCCCUAUAUUGAAACAUUAUAUUUUAGUAUUUGCUACAACCAAAAGUACUGCCGGUAUCUCCUAUAUUGUGAACAAAUUUCUGAUUCUAGAUUAAUGGAAUGUCCAGUAUUGUAAGUAACUGAGAUAGGCUGAACCUAAAACUGCUUCACUUGAAUCAUCCCUCAUAAAUUUCAAUUAGCAUUGCUAUAUACCACUUUCAAACAUUUGCAUCAAAUUUAGUUUCAUUGUCUUCAAAAUUGUGACUUUUAUAAAAGCUCAAAUAUUUUAUUCUGAAUUGUAUAGUACAAUACAACAUUUUGCAGUAUUGGUACAAUUUGAAGCAUUGUGAAUGAUUCUACAAUCGAUUGCACAUUAUUAUUUUGUUGUUUGUGAUGCUUAUAUAUGCUGCUUGAAGGUGUGCAAAAUUGUAUUUCUUGAUAUUUUCAAUAAUGGCAAUGUUUAUUUUGGAAUGACUGUCUAUAUUGCAAUUUUAUGCCCAUGUGAUCAACGUAAAAGUUGAGCCAUUUUUCAUCCGUUGAAUAUCGGCCUAGUCAUAUGCUAGAGCAGUGGUGGGCAACAUUCUCAGUGUCACAAACCCUUUUGAUGGCUUAUCCGAAAGUUUUUGGGAACCACUGGCAUUGGGGUGGGCCAAUUCAGUUAACAUGUUGCUUUGUAGAUAAACUAAUGGUUGCACUCGAUUCAGUUUUGUUCCAUAUUUUUAUUUGCCAUUUAUAGUUUCACCAUAUAUAAAUAUCAGUCGCCAGUAUUUCAUUUAUUAAUACCAUAAAUAUUGUGAUAUAUACUGCUUUAUUCUUUUGCUCAUUUAAAAUUUUUCCUGUCUCGCUCGGAAAUAUUGUAGAUUGUAUUCUUUGCUUUUUUGACUUCUUCAAAUGUUAUAUCAUUGUAAUUUACCGAUUCGAUGGUCCAAUCAAAAUGUAGGCUACAUGGUGUUUUAAAAAAUAAUGGUUACCCUAAUAUAAAACAAAUAUCAGUGCCAAAUUUGACGAUUUUUUAGUGUAGAAAUGUUUGAUAUUUUGAAAGCCAGUUAAAAACCUAUACAAAGAUGAUUUAAUUUUGCGAAUAACUUUCAAUUUUUAUUUCCUGCUGUAUGGGAUGUCGAAAAGGCCUCAUAUUUGUACAUGUUGGGUCGUUGAUAUCUUUUGCCCUCCAGCCAUAAUCUGUCUCAAUAUCUGAUCUGCAUCAUAUUAAUAUGCUUCAGACAACCUGUUUACCGUCAAAGGUAUGCUAAUGUGUCGUACUGAUGGACCAUUCAGAUAUUAGAUUACAUAUUUUAGUACUUACUUUACCGUUAUAUGUAACGCUGCUUUACUUGGCAAUGGUUCCUGAUAUGAACUUGUAUCCUCUCUCUAUAUGUCACAUAAUUAUCAUUCCAAGCGAUGCCCGAUAAAAUAUAAACAUGGGUAUAUCUUGAUCAUACUGGUUUAAACCAGCUGAUUUUUCUUAACAAAUUAUUCUCGUUAUUAAAAUUUAGUUUGGUUUCCGUUGUGUAAUGUCAUGUGUAAGUGACUACAUUUUUUCAUGCAGAUAUAAUUUCAAAGAGUGGAUAACCUUUUUUCAAUCAUAUACCAAAAAUUAGACCAAAGCAUUUGGGCAACAAUUCGUUAUAUUCCUGCUAAAUUGAAACACACUCAUCUUUUUCGUAUACCGGUAACAAAUGUCUGACACUCCAAAAAUUCAGACAACAUAUAUACAUAAUUCAGAUGGUACUUUGCUUGACUUAUUAGAUCUUCACAGACUUGUAUGUAAUUUUAUACUUCAGCCCUGCCGAUAUCACAGAAUUUUUAAUGUCAGUAAUCACUAAAUUAUUUAAGAUAAUCACUUAACCAAAGAAGAGAUGGCUGUGUCUUUGAUUAAAAGAUAUAUCUUUGGCGUUUGCAAAUUUAAGAAAUUGUCAGAAAAAUUAUAAUCGAGUAUUCCAUCUGUUUUUGUAUUCGAUAGCAAAUUACAUUGUAAUAAAUUUAUGAUCUACUUUCCAAUGGGACGACUUGUUAACAUGGUUAUUCCGGUUACCAAAAAAAUUAAUUUACUCCUUAAGUGAUGGCUAGGAUGCCCUUGUUUGUGUGCAUCGCCUAUGAGCCGAAUAUGUUACCGUCUUGUAGUUAUUUUUUUCACUAUUAUCGAUGUAAAAAAGCUUGUCUAUAUGUUCGUAUUGUACAAUACGGAGUCAAGCCAACAUUUUCAUAUUUUGAUUAAAAAAUCCAUUGCUCAGCUGCGUAAUCGUUUUUGGCUGCAUUGUGAUAGUUUUUCAAUCAUACACUGUGCUUUAUUUACUUGAUUGUAUUAUUGUUAUUUUACCGUUGUUUCAUUUUACAAUUGCUAAUGUGCCAUUUACGUAUUGAAAUCUUAUAAACAAUGCUUAUAGAUUUAUAGUAAUCACAUGGGGAACAUGUUUUCCUAUCUGUACACGGCCGAAUAUUGACCGUGUAUUGCUGCUUCUUUUGGGCGUGGUCCAUCCAUGAUUUAUGAUCGGUGGAGUGAUAGGUUUUUCUCGUUAAUUCAUUAACAAGAGCAAUGUGCGUUCCAUACUAUUACAAGUAUAUAAUACUCAACAGCGAAAAACAAAUCUUUGUAUAUGAUUUGAUAUUACAUGUACAACACCAAA